AUGGGUAGCGUGUUUUGGAGUGUUUUGCACAUUUGUGAGGGCUUUCGUAAACGACGGUUAGAUGUAAUCUGUCGUCUGGACGACCAUAACGUUCCUGAAAGAGAAAAGCGGCAACACAGAGCCCUAAAUUCUUCUUCCCGCUCAUCCCCUGAACGCGCCGCGGACAGACUUUUCCGCCGCUCCCUCGCCCGGCUUCACGAUCCCAGCAUGCAAUUCGCCGGACCCAAGAUGGCUGCCUCCAUGCAGCUGCGUAUGGCUAAAUCGGCUCUAAGUGUUUCUUUGCAGGGUGUGGAAUGUUUACUGAAUCCUGCCCGCUUGGCUGCAUCGUCUCUCAUGGUCCCAGUGAGAACAAAGAAACGGUAUUUCAUUCCACCUUCAGCCAAUCCAAAGUAUGUAACACCAGAACAGCAGCAAAAGCAUGCCAGGGCUGCAGGGAUUGUGGUCCCUUAUGAACGGUCACUGCGUCCAAUGAAUAUUUCCUGCACAGCUGGGAUCUUCGACCCUUACAUUCCUCCUGAAGGGGAUGCUCGUGUUUCUUCUUUGUCAAAGGAGGGAUUGAAACAGAAGAUGGAGCAGUUGAAGCAGAGUGCGGCUUCUCAGUUGGCAAUCCGGAAGAUCAAAGAUCACAAUCCUGACUUCAGCACUAAAACUUUUGCAGAAAUAGCCCAGAAUAUUUUUAUUGAAGCUCACAAUAACUUGACAAACUUUAACAAAGAUAAGCUUCACUCCUUAGUGACAGAACGCUGCUAUCCGGAGAUGGUGCGCGGAAACAGAUACAAGACUAUCCGGUGGAGCUUCGUGGAGUCCCUUCAACCCCCUCGCGUGGUUCAAGUGCGAUGCACUGAUAUGAUGAACAAGGGCAACUUGUAUGGACAAGUGACAGUCCGCAUGCACACCCGUCAGACCCUAGCUAUCUAUGACCGGUUUGGCCGGCUGAUGUAUGGUGGAGAGCAAAUACCUAAGGAUGUCCUGGAAUAUGUAGUAUUGGAAAGACACUUGGUCAACCCCUACAGUCCAUGGCGAUUGCAUGGCAAGAUUGUUCCCUCUUGGGCUCCUCCAAAAGACGCUGUCACAAAGACUGUUAUGAUCCCAGGACCAUCUCUGGAGCAUUCACAGGAAUAUGAAGAAAUCGGCAUUCCCCAAGCCACGCCAACCCAACAGACUUUGUGAUACGAAUCAUGCUUAAGGGGUGGGCCAGAGCAGAUGUGAUCUGUUGCAUUUGGUAAGGGAGGUACCCCUCUAGAACUGUGUGCUUGGGUGUGGCAUAUGCUUCAUGCCUCCAUGUGCAAGCAUUGAGUCUUGAGAAGUUCCAAGCUGCUUAAAGGACCCUUGGGGCUGUUCAUCACACUGCAGACCACUAGAGUUGCCAGAUCUUUCCAGCCUCUUCAGAGUUCCUCUUGAGGCCAGUUACUGCAUAACUUCAAAUUCUGUCUGAAAUAUUGAUCAGUAAAGAGACAAGUCUUGAAAGCAGUGCUUUAAUCUUUAGGGAAUAACAAGGAAAGCACUGUCUCUCAGUGCUAUGUGCUGUACUAUCCUCUGCUCUUGAAGACUGUGCUUUCUAAUACCUGUAUACAUCGGGUCAUGCUACAGCUAUACUUUGAUACUGAGCACCCUGCAUAUAGUCAGAAAUGCAUAUCUGUUCCUUCACAGGUUGUCAGGCUGAGACUUAGUAGGGAAGACAAGUUCUAGAGCUGAGUUAAAACCUAAAAAUAAGCCAAUUGGCUUUCAUCGGAGACCCUCUUCAACGUUCAGUUUUUAAUGCUAUCGGUGUGUGGUAGUCGUACCUGAUUAAGCAAUCUUUCCCCAAGAAAUCGUUAUCUUUAGUCUGUCACAUUUUCCUAGUAGUCAAGCAAUAUUAUAUUUUUACUGACUAAGUAUGAUUAUGGGAGAGCUGUUUUGAAGUGCUGAUUUAGAAUACAUGUGAAAGAGUCAGACAGCUUUUUGCUAAUGUGUAUGACUUCACCACUUUUACCAUAACUCCACUAACGUUGCUUCAGAAUGCCCAUAACAACUUCACACUUUCACAUUUGCCUUCAGCCUACGUAAAGAGGGCUUUCACUGAGUGGUAACCGGCUAGUCCAGAAACGAAGCCUAGUUUCAGUUUUGUGCCUUGCAGGCCAACUUUGGCUUUUGCUUGGAGGCUUUCACUGGAUUUUGUUAGAUGCCUUUUGUUGCUGAAAGCUAGGCAACAGGCUGUGCUACCCCCUUUAAUUCGGGCAUUUAAGCUGCAAAUCGGUGGAGUGCAAUUGUUGGCUGAGCCGUGUUUCCAUCAGUCAAAAGGGGUUUGGAGGCCCUGUGUAGUUCCUUGGUCCUAGCACAAGCAGAAUAAGUCAUGGGGAGGCGGAAGCAAAUAGGGGCAGCUUUGAACAAAUUACCCAGGACAUAAAAGGCAAUUUACUUUUCUUGGCAAAGAGUUUGGGUUAUCAGGCAUUAAGUUUGUGAAAUUCUUAUCUAAUACCUAGAUAAGAAAAUGGUCAUGCUAAAUAAGUGUUAAGUUGUAAUGUGUAAUGGUUCAGUCUGGAAUCUUUCAAGGGGCUUUGUGGUACAGCGAUUUUUUUUAAAAAACCUUUGUGAAAAAUGGAAGCAAGCUCUGUCUUUGAGCGCAUGUGCAACUUUCUGAUGACCAUGUGCAGUUGUGGUGUGAAAAGGAAGCACAAAAAAGGAAGAGGAAGCCUCAUCCUGUCUCCCCACCUUUUAUCAAUAAAAACUUGGUCUUAGGGUC